AUGGCAAAAGUUAAAGAUUUAAGCGAUAAAGUUGAGACGGGCCAAGAAAAGAUACUUGAUGACCUAAAUAAUUUAACCUUCCCCGAGGGAUAUGCCCCAGUAUAUAAAAAGUUUUCUGAUUUACUUGAUGAGGAUUACCUAACCAAGAUUAUCAUAACUAGUAGAGGGACAGGGAAAUCUCAUAAUGUUAAAAGUUCAUUGGAACCAUGGCGGAAAAUCUUAAAUAAAUAUUGUUUUGAGUAUACCCAAGAAAAAAUAUCUAUUAGAGAUUUUGAGGAAGUUUGGGAAGCGAUAACCCGAGGCAUUAAAUAUAAAGGCAUUAUGCGUUUACAUUUUAUAGAACUAUAUAAAAGUGAGGAUGCCCGCGAGUUGCUUGAUAAAAAUGUUGAUAUUUUUAUGGAUGAGGCCAUACCCAACCCCAAAGGCAAAGAUAAGACCAAUUUAAAAUAUUUAGAUGAUGAGGAUAUUUUGUAUGAGGAAUUAUAUGGGAGUGCACCUUUUAAUAAAUACUUGUCUGAAAACUUAAAAGAAAUCAAGGAGAAAUUAUGGCGAGAUAAAGUUGUAAGGAUUGAAGUUGAGGAGGAAAACCUACGGGGAGAGAUAGAAAAGAGUUUAUUAUAUCUUUAUGCGACCGAACAUAAAAGAGAGUUAUUUGAGAAAGAAUGGGGAAACUUCUUUUUAAGUGAGGAGGCGUUGAAUAUGAUAAAAGUGCCAGACAAUUACGAAAUACUUUAUAAACUUCAAGGAUUUUUAAAGUGUAGAGUGUUAAGGACAGGCAAAACUUUUUUUAUCAGUGAGGCCAAUGGUAAAAUACCCGUGCCAAGAUGGACGGAGGAGAUUUGUUUGACGAAUGAGGAUUAUAAUAUCUCCAACAUGAGAAAUAAAAGACUAUUAAACAGGCAAGAAAUCCGCGAAUUAGUAAGAGAAUAUUUGGAGGAUAUAAAUAACAAGUUUUUAAAGUUUGCCGAUUUUGAGAACGACGAAUACGAAGUAAAGAAUAGAUACGAAAAUUAUUGUUCUCUUGACUGCGAAAAGAAUAAAGAUAAAGGAAAUAAGAAUAUGAGUAGUAGAACCGCCGAACAAGAGCAAGAAUUAAAAGAUAAAAGGGCAGAAUUGGCAAAACUUCGCCUGAAU